AUGGCUUCAUUGGUGGCUGCAAAGAACCAGUUGCGUUCUGUUAUGAGGAACAGACUCGCUGGCAUCGCUCAUGAUUCCGUCAAGGCCCAAAGUCAAACCGUAUUCGAGACACUCAAGACUUUUGGACCCUAUGUAGAGGCAAAAAGGGUCAGCAUCUUUCUUUCGAUGCCUUCAGGUGAAAUUCAGACGGACAAUAUCGUACGCCACGCCUUGUCAGCUGGAAAAGAUGUAUACAUCCCGUACCUGCAUGAGUCGCCCUUUGCACCGGGAGAGACGCCUCCCAGGGUCAUGGACAUGGUACGCCUACGCGAUCUACACGACUACGAGUCACUGCAACCAGACAAAUGGGGCAUCCCCAGCAUUGAUCCGAAGACGGUCACCCUAAGAGACAGGGUCCUCGGCGAACCUGGGGCAGAAUCCCCCAACACGUCUUUCCUGGACCUGAUGCUACUUCCGGGAGUCGCAUUUGACAUUGACGACAACACAGGCUCCCUGCGGCGGCUGGGUCAUGGAAAAGGGUUUUAUGAUCUCUUCAUCAGAAGGUACGCGUCAAAGUACGAUGGCGAGUUGUCGGCUUCUAAGCAUCCUGUGUUGCUAUAUGGCCUGGCUCUAUCGGAGCAGUUCCUUUCCCUACCCUCAGAUAGCCCGAUUCCUGUGGCGCAGCAUGACCAACAACUCCAUGGCCUGAUUCUUGGAGACGGAGAGAUCAAGAGACCGGCAGACAGUUCCCACAGCAAAUAG